UAACUGGGAGUCAACGCAGUCCGAACAUCCCGGCCACCGCACCGGAAGCAACCAAACCAUGUCCAUGGCCACGACGAUGCUCGUCAUCAAACCCGUGUCUCCGCUCAUCUGUCAAUCUCGCAGGGCUCGACUCAAUCACCGCACCACUCAUACGCCGCUCCACCGAGUCAUGACUCAUCCCACCACUUGUCUCGGCUCAGUGGCACCGUCUGCAACAAAGUCGCCGGUGGACGACUUCGACCCGGAGCUGCCAAUUGAAGAGGCCUUGACUCCGCCGAGCUCGUGGUACACCGACCCUUCUUUCCUCGACCUCGAGCUCGAUCGCGUCUUCUAUCGAGGCUGGCAGGCUGUUGGAUACACGGAUCAGGUUAAAUCGCCUCAGGACUUCUUCACUGGCAGAUUGGGAAAUGUAGAAUUUGUGGUGUGUCGAGAUGAGAAUGGAAAAAUCCAUGCCUUUCACAAUGUCUGUCGCCAUCAUGCUUCUCUUCUUGCAUCAGGAAGUGGCAGGAAGUCGUGCUUUGUGUGCCCAUACCAUGGGUGGACUUACGCACUGAAUGGAGCCCUCCUCAGAGCAACUCGAAUCAAAGGAAUCCGAAACUUUGAUGUAAAGGAGUUUGGGCUCGUACCACUAAAAGUAGCUACUUGGGGCCCAUUUGUUCUUCUCAAUUUCGAGAAAGAUGUUUCACCCGCUCACAAAGUUGAAAGUGACAUAGCAGCAAAGGAAUGGGCUGGUAGCUGUGUAGAUAUUCUGGGCAACAGCUGCAUCGAUCCAUCACUAACUUAUCUUUGUAGUCGUGAAUACACCGUUGAGUGUAACUGGAAGGUUUUCUGUGACAAUUAUUUAGAUGGUGGCUAUCAUGUACCAUAUGCACACAAGGGCCUAGCGUCUGGUCUCAAGCUGGACUCUUACUCCACCACGGUGGAUCAGCCGGCAGUGCCGAUGAUUUUGACCGACUUGGAGCGAAAGCUCUUUAUGCUUUCAUUUAUCCCAAUUUCAUGAUAAACAGGUACGGACCAUGGAUGGACACAAAUCUUGUACUGCCCCUGGGACCCAGGAAAUG